AUGACGACAAUCCCGGCGUUGCGGAGCGCCGCCGGCGGUUCCCCCUCGGCUGCGAUGAUGAGAAGGAUGAUAGCCACCACCACCACGACGGCCACGAUGACGAGGAGGGCGGGACAGCUUGGGGGAUGGAUGUCAAGACAGCAGCAGCAGCAGCAGAAAAGAUUGGUUUCGUCGUUAGGGAAUGAUACGCAGCAGAAGUUGCUUGCGGCGCAUUUGCAGCAGGCGGAUCCGAUCAUGUAUGAUAUUGUCGAGAAGGAGAAAGUCAGGCAAAAGCAGUUCAUCAACUUGAUCCCUUCCGAGAACUUUACCUCGCAGGCUGUGCUGGAUGCGCUGGGGAGUCCUAUGCAGAACAAGUACUCUGAGGGAUACCCGGGUGCGAGAUACUACGGCGGUAACGAGUUCAUCGAUGCCUCCGAGAGAUUAUGCCAGCAGCGCGCACUCGAGACGUUCGGACUGGAUGCCAAGGAGUGGGGGGUGAAUGUUCAAGCUCUCUCUGGUGCGCCAGCGAACCUGUAUGUCUACUCAGCCAUCAUGGAAACUCAUGAUCGGUUGAUGGGUCUCGAUCUCCCCCACGGCGGCCAUCUUUCCCACGGGUACCAGACCCCCACCAAGAAAAUCUCGUUCAUCUCCAAGUACUUCGAGACGGUUCCUUACCGACUUGACGAGUCCACCGGCCUGAUCGACUACGAUAAGCUCGAGGAGCUGGCAACCAUCUACCGCCCCAAGGUUAUCGUCGCUGGCGCCUCGGCCUACAGCAGGCAAAUCGAUUAUGCUCGUAUGCGGGACAUCGCCGACAAGGUGAAGGCCUACCUUGUGGCUGACAUGGCUCAUAUCUCCGGUCUUGUCGCCGCCAAGGUCAUGCCCGGGCCGUUUGGCUACGCAGACAUUGUCACGACGACUUCUCACAAAUCCCUCCGUGGCCCCCGUGGCGCGCUGAUUUUCUUCCGCCGCGGUGUGAGGAAGGUCAACCCGAAGACCGGAGCGGAGGAGCUGUACAACCUCGAGAACCCCAUCAACCAAUCCGUGUUUCCCGGCCACCAGGGCGGUCCGCACAACCACACUAUUGCCGCCUUGGCCGUGGCGCUCAAGCAGGCACAAACACCAGAGUUCAGGGCGUAUCAAUCGCAGGUCUUGUCCAAUGCCAAAGCCUUCUCCAAGAGGCUGGGUGAACCAAAGGAAAAGGGCGGGCUGGGCUACAAGAUUGUCUCGGGCGGUACUGAUAACCAUCUUGUUCUUGUCGAUCUGAAGCCGCACGGUGUGGACGGGGCGAGAGUGGAACGGAUCCUGGAGUUGGUCGGGGUAGCUUCCAACAAGAACACUGUUCCGGGUGACAAGAGCGCGUUGACGCCUGGUGGGUUGAGGAUGGGAACUCCGGCCAUGACGACGAGAGGAUUCCAGGAGGAGGACUUUGCGCGGGUAGCGGAUAUUGUCGAUAGGUCGGUGACGAUUGCGGUCAGGGUGGACAAGGCGGCGAGGAAGGCGGCUGAGGAAAAGGGGGAGGGGAAGACGGCGGGGAGGGUGAAGACCUUUAUGGAGUUUUUGGGGGAUGGGGAGACGGACACGGAGAUUGUGCAGUUGAGGAGUGAGGUGGCGGAUUGGGUGGGGACGUAUCCUGUUCCUUGGGAGGGGAAGUAA